AUGAAUCGUAUUGCCUUCAAUGGUAUUGUGCGUGUAGUUCGCGUUAAUCCUGCUAUUCGAACGAUUACUCCAUGUCGUUGGGAGUCAUACAGUACAUCUGGUGGUAAACAAUCACAAGGAUCGGCGUUUGUAGCUGGUGCUGCUGGUGGUCUUGUUGCACUUCUUGGAGGUACGUUUUCUUCCAGUCACGUGGCCAUACGUUUUGCAUGGUAUCACUUUAGUGGUACACGUCAAGUUGUUAAUAUUGCACGUGAUACUCUUAAUAAAGCUCAACAAAUCAAAGAAAAAGUGACAGAAACAAGUGUUGAUUCAACUGAUAGUGUAGCCAAUACUGUCAGCUAUUUACGUUCGGCUACUACUACUUUAAUUCCUGGCUCGGCGCCAUUUCUAGGAAAAGUAUUUGAUCAAAUUGAACAGAUUAGUAAAGACCAUGGUGAUGAUGCAAAAAGAAUAUUCGAUGAAACAUAUAAUGAUUUUGAAAAACUUGCUAAAGAAGGUGGUUUAGAGGCACAAACAGCCAGUAAAGCUGUAGAUAUUCUUCAAAAACGUGUUAAAGAACUUCAAGAUUUAGCUGGUGAAGCUGGCGGUGAUCUAUACAGUAAAUUAAUUUCCGACAAUCCAAAAUUAAAAGAUCAAAUUUCAGAACAAUAUAACAAAUUAAAAGAUAUUGUUGAUAAAGCUAAAGAAAAACAACCUGAACUUCAAAAUAUUCUUAAAGAUACAAUAUCACAAUUAACUAAAAUUUUUAAAGAGAAUGGUGUAUCAAAAGAAACUGUUCAACAAGCGCAAGAUUUAUUAAAAAAGAAAGUUGAAGAAGCAAAGAAAGCUGGUGAAGACGUUGCAAAAAAAGCUAAACAUGAUAAGAUUAUUAUUAUUAUUCGUACUAUCAUUGGAACAAUUUUAUUAGGUAUUUCCAGUGAAUAUGUAACUAAUAAUCGAAAAGAUAGUGUAAUAAUUACCAUUCCAAUUAAAGAACAAAUGACAAAUACUACAAACGAUCCACCAACAGUUGAAGUAACCACAACAUUAACGCAACCAAUAGAAAAAACUCAUACACGUAGUUUCAGUCUCGUACAAUUAAAUCAAUUAAUUAAUAAACAAACACUAUCUGAAUCAACAACAUUACCAUCAGUUGAUGGUGGAGAUGAAUUAAAUGAAACAUCAUUUCGUGAUGCUGAUGAUAAUUAUCAAUGUUUAACUAAUGAUCAAAACUGUCCACCAGUAUCAAAUUUUUCAAAACCAUCAAUACCUACUGUUAAUACCAAUGAUAGUACGAAUAAUAAUAAUAAUCCUUCAACAAUAGUAACAGAAACAGAUGAAGGAAUCAUUUUUACAGCAGCAACAUCAACAACAAUUAAAAAACCAGAUGUAAAUGAUGUUGAAAGAUAUAAAAUGUGUGGAAAUUCAAUUAUUAUUUGA